AUGGCACCGCCAAUGUACACCGACCACCCCCUGGCUGUCAUACACACACCAAAAUUCGAGACGGGCAAGACAGACCCGUUUACGAUUGAAGCCUCUCACAUGGCAUUGAGUCACAACUCAUUCAUCCGCGGUUUCAACAGCAUCUACCAGCAAGCCCCCCGCGUGUCGUCCGCCGACAAAGAGGACUUUGUGGGCUAUUGUCUAGCUUGGCAUGACGUGAUUACAGAGCACCAUCGCUACGAGGAGACAGACUACUUUCCAAAUGUCGACAAAGCUGCUGGCAAGACUGGUCUUAUGGCUGGCUCAGUUCAUGAGCAUGAGGAUGUGUGUGCGUGUGUUUCUCCAGCUGCAUUCCACGACGGCAUGGAAAGAUUCAAAAACUAUCUCCUGAAAGAAGGCGUCAACUUCCAGGGCACCGAGAUCGUCGCUAUCAUGGAUUCAUUCAAAGACCCAUUCUACUCGCAUCUCAAAUCGGAGCCACGCGCCAUUCUAGAACUGUCGAAAUAUAACACCCCCGAGACACCAAUAAAUAUCACGGAGAUUGCUGGAGCAGCCGGUAAGAAGACAAUGACGUUUUCGUUUGUACUUAAUGUUCUACCUGUGUUUUUGUUGAAUAUGGAUACCCUGGACUUUGAGGAUGGCAUGUGGCAUGAAGUCUUUCCGCCGGUUAAGGGAAUGGUUAAGUGGAUUAUGACCAAGGCUAUUCCUAUGAGGCAUUCGGGUCGCUGGAGAUUUGCGAGCUGUUCGCCUGAAGGGAGGGCUAAGCAGUUGGAAGUUUGA